AUGUCCUUCCUCCGUGCUUCCUUCCGCGGCCUGCCGCGCCCCACGCCCGCGUCGGCGCGGCAUCUGCAUGCCUCGGCCGUGCGCCUCGCCCUCUCGGCCGCCGAGCGCCAGCGCAUCGACGACGCCGUGCACGGCGCGCCCGUCGUCGUCUUCAUGAAGGGCACGCCUGAGCUGCCCAUGUGCGGCUUCAGCCGCGCCGUCGUGCAGAUCCUGCAGGUGCAGGGCGUGCGUCCCGAGGCGCUCAAGACGUACAACGUGCUCGAGGACUCGUCGCUGCGGGAGGGCAUCAAGGAGUACUCAGCCUGGCCCACGAUCCCGCAGCUCUACGUCAAGGGCGACUUCCAGGGCGGCGCCGACCUUGCGCUCAGCCUGCACCAGUCUGGCGAGCUCGAGGAGAUCCUCACCAAGGCCGGCGUCGUCGAGCCGGCGCCGCAAGCCAAGGCCUAAGCUGGAACGGGGGACGGUGGAGGGCAUGCCUCAAUGGCACACGUACUUGCCAGCUGGGCGUGUGGGUAUGGCACGGCUCCGUCUGCAGGUGAGGAUUGCUUGGCCAGGGUGCAGUGCUGAGCAAGAGGAGCUGGUAGGGUCACGUUGUGCGGGUGGUGCCGCUCGCUGCCACAGCACAGGCCCUUGGAGGCACCAGGAGGCAGCAGCAGCGAAGAGAGCAACGGCGCCGUCCCACCAGCUCCAAACGGUGGCGCUCGCUGGCGUGGCACAGAUGAACGCAGAAGGAUGGUAUAGCAGGUGCUGCGCGCUGCCGAAGGCGCGGUGCUCAUGGGACAUGUGGCAAGGCAGGAG